AUGCACGCCGCAACCCUCCUCGCCCUCCUCCCCGCCGCCGCCCUGGCCUGGGACCCGAAGCUGUGCAACGGCGUCGGCGGGUGCCAGGGCCUGACGUGGUUCUCCGACUUUGGGUACGCGUGCCCCAGCGGCGCGAGCAUCGGCCUGCAGCCGUUCGCGCAGGCGCUGGGCGACAUCGCGCAGGGCGGCUACGAGUACGUGGCGUCGGACGAGUUCCCGGCGUCGUGCGAGCGCUCCGGCGACGUCCCCGGCGCGGCCGCCACGACCCACCUCGUCAAGCACGCCACUGGCAACAGCAGCAUCACCAUCUAUGGGUACAUCACCGACUCGUGCACCGUGACUGAGGUCGCGAGCCCUGGGGACUGCUAUAAUGCUAACCCCAACCCGUCUCCGUUCACCACUUGCCGUGUGACCGAGAACGACAUCAAGACCUUCUGUACCCAGGACCCGUCCCUUCACCUGUAA